GUCCUCACUGCGCAAGCGCGGGCCGCGAGCGUGGGGCAUCUCGAGACAGCCGGACUGCUGGCUGCGGAGCGUGGGGGGUUUGCGGCCUGCGUUCCGCCAGCUCCAGCGGCUCACAGGCCGAGGUAACGAGGCGCAGUAAGCCGAGCCUCCCUGCUCCCCGGUCAGCGUGGGCCAUGGAGACUCAGGUGCUGACGCCGCACGUCUACUGGGCUCAGCGACACCGCGAGCUGUACCUGCGCGUGGAGCUGAGUGACGUGCAGAAUCCUGCCAUCAGCAUCACCGAAAAUGUGCUCCAUUUCAAAGCUCAGGGACAUGGUGCCAAAGGAGACAAUGUUUAUGAAUUUCACCUGGAGUUCUUAGACCUCGUGAAGCCGGAGCCAGUGUACAGGCUCACCCAGAGGCAGGUGAACAUCACAGUCCAGAAGAAGGUGAGUCAGUGGUGGGAGAGGCUCACCAAGCAGGAGAAGCGGCCCCUGUUCUUGGCCCCUGACUUCGACCGCUGGCUGGAUGAGUCUGAUGCGGAAAUGGAGCUGAGAGCCAAGGAGGAAGAACGCCUAAAUAAACUCAGACUAGAAAGUGAAGGCUCCCCUGAAACUCUUACAAGCUUGAAGAAAGGGUACCUGUUCAUGUAUAACCUGGUGCAGCUCCUCGGCUUCUCCUGGAUCUUUGUCAACCUGACAGUGCGGUUCUUUAUUUUGGGAAAAGAGUCCUUCUACGACACGUUUCACACCGUGGCCGACAUGAUGUACUUCUGCCAGAUGCUGGCACUAGUGGAAACCCUCAAUGCCGCGAUUGGUGUCACGAGUUCCCCAGUGCUGCCUACUCUCAUCCAGUUUCUUGGAAGAAAUUUUAUUCUGUUUAUCGUCUUCGGCACCAUGGAAGAAAUGCAAAACAAAGCUGUGGUUUUCUUUGUGUUUUAUUCAUGGAGUGCAAUUGAAAUUUUCAGGUACCCCUUCUACAUGCUUGCCUGCGUCGACAUGGACUGGAAGGUGCUCACGUGGCUUCGCUACACUGUGUGGAUCCCCUUGUACCCCCUGGGAUGCUUGUCAGAAGCUGUGGCAGUGAUCCAGUCCAUUCCAGUGUUCAACGAGUCAGGACGGUUCAGUUUCACUUUGCCGUAUCCAGCGAAGGUGAAAGUCAGAUUCUCCUUCUUCCUUCAAGCUUACCUUGUGAUGUUAUUUUUAGGGUUAUAUAUUAAUUUUCGUCACCUUUAUAAACAGCGCAGGCGGCGGUAUGGACAAAAAAAGAAAAAGCUCCACUAAAGAGAAAUUUGGUAGCUUUAUUUGAGCUGAUUCUAUUAUUCUUACUGUUUUACCUUCUUGUACUGAUGUAAAUGUGUUUUGUUUGUUUGUUUUUUUUUAAAGUAAGGCUGUCUCCUUUCCCAGUAACAUUCCUGAAUUUACUGUCUUAUCUUAGUGUUGUACUUGCAUGACAAGGGUCUCUGGUAUCUGACAACAGGUUCACUCUUGUGUACUUAGCCACAGGGACUGGCCGACACCUCCUCACGGCUGUGCUCUUCCCUGCAGCACUGUCUAUCUUCACAGUUAGGGCUUGGUCUUUCUGCUAUUGCUUGUGAAAAAUGAAAAAACAAGACUACAUUUUUCCAUUGAACAUUGUCAAAAGCGACCCAGGCAGGACCGAGUAUAUAUUAUACCCAAGCCAUUACUUGUGUAGUGGGGUACCACUGGCUUUUUGAAAAUCAGGUGAGCUUGGUCACUGAUAAAACAUUUUGAGUCAGAGUAGGGCUAGAGAACUCAUCGUAUUUGAUGUCUUUUGGCCUAAAGAUAUUGAUGACUCAGUACUUACCAAGCACUGAAGAGGCAGAGUGAUUUAGAGAAAGCAAUUAGAACCUGGGAACACCAUGAAUACUUC